GCACGAAGAGAAACAGUCAAGAAUUGUAUUCACUGAGAAGAAUAUUGGUAUCUCCAGUUUAUCGUAUUUAAGCCGUCAUCAUGUACCACCGCAGGACUAGAGCAGGUCGACGACAAAAGCAGAAGAUGGAGAUGGAGGAGGUGAAAGGAGGCACAGGCCUCCGACAGUAUUACCUCUCCAAAAUAGAAGACCUUCAGCUGACGGUUAAUGAAAAGAGUCAGAACCUCAGGCGUCUGCAGGCUCAGAGGAAUGAGCUAAAUGCAAAAGUUCGCCUUUUACGUGAAGAGCUUCAGCUGCUGCAAGAGCAGGGCUCAUAUGUAGGAGAGGUGGUGAGAGCCAUGGAUAAGAAGAAAGUGCUUGUCAAGGUUCAUCCGGAGGGAAAGUUUGUUGUGGAUGUAGACAAAAACAUUGAUAUCAACGAUGUGACCCCUAACUGCCGCGUGGCUCUUAGGAACGACAGCUACACCCUUCACAAAAUCCUGCCCAACAAAGUGGACCCACUUGUGUCACUGAUGAUGGUGGAGAAGGUUCCAGACUCCACCUAUGAAAUGAUUGGAGGCCUGGAUAAGCAGAUCAAAGAAAUCAAGGAGGUCAUUGAGCUGCCUGUUAAGCACCCUGAGUUGUUUGAAGCCCUGGGGAUUGCACAGCCCAAGGGAGUGUUGCUUUAUGGACCUCCAGGAACUGGAAAAACACUACUGGCGAGAGCUGUAGCCCAUCAUACAGACUGUACCUUUAUCAGGGUUUCAGGCUCUGAGCUGGUGCAGAAAUUCAUUGGAGAGGGGGCUCGCAUGGUGCGAGAGCUGUUUGUGAUGGCUAGAGAACACGCUCCGUCCAUCAUCUUCAUGGAUGAGAUUGACUCGAUCGGCUCGUCGCGUCUUGAGGGCGGCUCCGGGGGGGACAGCGAGGUGCAGAGGACCAUGCUGGAGCUGCUCAACCAGCUGGAUGGAUUUGAGGCCACCAAAAACAUCAAGGUCAUCAUGGCUACUAACCGAAUCGACAUCUUGGAUUCAGCCCUGCUGCGGCCAGGUAGAAUAGACAGAAAGAUUGAAUUCCCUCCUCCCAAUGAAGAGGCCCGUUUGGAUAUUCUGAAGAUUCAUUCUCGCAAGAUGAAUCUUACACGAGGCAUUAACCUGCGCAAAAUUGCCGAGCUCAUGCCAGGGGCAUCUGGAGCUGAGGUUAAGGGUGUGUGCACAGAGGCCGGAAUGUAUGCACUGAGGGAGAGGAGGGUUCAUGUUACACAAGAGGACUUUGAGAUGGCUGUUGCCAAGGUCAUGCAAAAAGAUAGUGAAAAGAACAUGUCCAUCAAGAAGCUUUGGAAGUAACAGCCCUUGGAUACACAACCGCUUUUGUUUUGUUAAUCUUUGUUUAAAGAAAUAUUCUCAUGUCAUUCUCAAUAAAUGGAUUUUACAAGUUAUAAAUCAUGUUAUGGAUUUGUUGUACAAAGCUAACAGUCAUGUACUUUAUUAUAGCAUUGGGGUGCAAUGCAUUUCUUUACCUGUGUUUUCCAUUACUGUUUAGUUUCUUAUGAAAAAAUGAAAGCAAAUUUUGCAGUUGCACAAAACUUUGUGUAUGCAAUAGCAUAUUUCUGCAGUCCAUUCAAUUUUUUUUGAUUUCAGUAAAAUAUGGUUGACACACUUAAUGUGAAACUGAUUUCUGUUUUAAACCCUGUCUCCCAAAUUUUGAAAAAUGGUUGAUUGCACUGCACAGUAAAAAGGUCCUCUUGCUGUGAUUAGAGAGUAAAACAAUGUGUUGCUGAUUUAUAAGCUGUUUUGUGCCAGUGAUUUAUCGUUGGUAAAAGAUUCUCUACUGUACCUCAUUAAAGUUUUGAAUUCGUACAAAA